ACCGCCAAGAUGCUGAACACCUCCAGUACUCCUGCGACUGGAGAUAGUGAUAACAUUGAAACUCCUGCAGCUACUUCGAAGGAAAAGCUGAGGACUGUAAGUGAAGAUUCCGCCAUGGAAACGCUGGCCCCGUUUUUGAACAUUUUAGAGAUGGUAAACGAGUUUUUUCACCACUCUCCUCCAGCAGAUGAGGAAAGCGGUCCUACUCCCCAUAGUGAUCGCUGGUCGCAGCAAGCAGCUGCAGCUCGGGCAGCAUACUACGACAGGCGAGGCGUAAAGAGCAGACGACCAGGUCGAGUAACGAUCACCAACCUCGAUCUGUACGAGGAAACCCCCUACCCCCAUGACGAACAAAGGAUGUGCAAGAGUCGCCCGGAUCGCUACUUAAGCGCAGAGAAGUGCCAGGCCAUGUUCGACGAGGUUGGUUACCGCUUCCACUACCAGCAGAACUCCUGGAAGCGAUGCUGGGACUUUAGCGCAGACCACAUCAAGAAAAAGUUUGCGGAGCAGAGGAAGAGAACAGAAGCUCUUGUUGAUGCCAGCACGACGCCCUUUGAACACAGGAGCGACCACUCGGUAGCUAGUGGAGAUCCAUCAACCGCCGCAACAAGACAUGGACAGGAAAAAAAGAUAGACGGAAAUGCAGGCACGAAUGGCACCUCGUCUGAUGAUCGCAUGUAUGACGCCGGAAACAGCACCAGUAGACCUCCUUCCCAUCUUCGAAGCUUCGACAAGUUUUUUCACAAUUUUUAUCAAUUUGUGAUGAAGGUGCGGCCCGAUACUUUUUUCUUUCCGCGCACUCGAGUUCUGCGCGAGGAGAAGCUGGAACCAAGAGUGUCGCUCAGCACCACCCCGAUUGAGGCAAAAAGAUGGCUGCAUCUCGACAAAAUUCACGACAGGGGGAUCCGGGGCGGCUUCGAGAAGCAAAAGAAAGACGAGGUGGAGAAAACAAGCACAGCGUCGGCCAGCGGACGACACAGCUCGACACCACAGCUCGGAGAGGGGGAUAGAACCGACGGCAAUUCUGGCGAUCCUCGGCGUGCCGCGGUUCUACCGCCAGAUGAUUUUGUCGGAGCUCACCAUGGAUACGCUGCGCUUUCGCAUUCGCAAACGGAGAUAGACUAUUUGAACGAGCCAGAUGCGUGGCUGUUGCAGGCCGUUCUGGACGAGGUGAGUAAGCGAGCGGACACGACUGGCACCCAAGGUCGUGAACAAGGGCCCACAGAAGCGGGAUCCAUAAUACCAGCCCCCGUGUCGCAAGGCCACGAUUCAUCCUCGUUGUCCACCGACGCAGCUGGAGAAGGGGAUGAAGCAGGAGUUCUUCUGCAAGCGCCGCCAAGUAAGGGCAACAGCGGUGGUCUUCUCGGCGCGUUCAGCUCCUGGUGGUCUACUACCUCCAGCACGACGGCGCGCGAAGGUCAUGAUGAAUCCGCUUCGUCAACAUCAGCAAACAUGCUCUCGGCGCCGUCCUCCGCAUCAAAUAAAGCAGAACAAGAGGUAGAGGUCCACGCCCAUCAAGUUGUGAUGCAAGAAACAGAAAAGAAAGAUAAAGACACAAGGACCGGUGUAUUAGAAGCCAGCAGUAAAAAAGCCGCAGCUGCAGCACGUCGAGAGAGCGAUCCUAUGGUGGGGACGAAUCAGCAUCAUGGGAGCAGCUCCUCCGCCGCUGCUGCUUCCGAGUUUUUUGUCGCAAAGUUUCGCGAAGACGUAGAUCGAGACCGUUUUUUGUUUUUCCGCGACUUGUGGAACGACGAGCGUUACAAGGAUUCGGACUUUUUGCCUCUACUCGAAGACACACUGCUGAAACAUGGCGGAGACGCCGUUUUGCUGUUCAAAUGGGGCACGAACGUGGCCCAGUUCAUUUUGCGGGGCAUGGUGAGCAAGUUCGCGAAGUGGUGGGAAACCACGCUGGGGUCGCAGCACGUGACCAGUUAUUUGUCGCACCACUGUCGCCUCGGCUUUGUGAUGCGUUCGGCUGCAGCUCCGGAUCGGCAGGACAGCGACAGCGCUGGUGGCGAGGCUGGGACGACAGACUCGCACCAGAAGAACCUCGCCAAGCUGGCCGAUGUAGCGUUUGGCUCGGAUGUCAUGGCCACCGACUACACUCCCGCGCCGGUGAAUAUGACGACGCAGCAACUUGCCUCGCCCGGCCACCUGCAGCAACACUUGCUGGACUGCCAUCACAGCCACCAGGGGGCCAUCUUGCCUCCCUGGUUCCGGCAAUCCAUUUACGAGCCGGACGUGUUCUACCCCGAAGGACGCACGAUUACCAACUCGACCUUUAUGUUCGACCUGUUUCAGUUUCGCACCAUGUUGCGACGCGUCGGCCUGCCGCAGCGCUGGCCCGCCUUCGAGGAGGAGCGGCUGCAGCUGACCGACGAACGCAAACUGCAGCAAACCGUCGCGGAGUUGAAGCGCGUGUUUCGGGCUGCCGGGCUGGGGGUUUUGCUCCCGGACGGGAAGCUCGAUACCGACCCGCUGCGCGUGUGGGACCGCGGACUGAUAACGGGCACGUGGCACAAGGAGUUUCGCAAGUGGCUGCCCCUGCACGCCGCCACACUGGAGCGGCUGGAGGAGCAGCUCCAGGCCCAAGGCCCGCCGAACCCGCCCGAGUUUCUGACCUACAAAUUGGGCGUCCACCUGCGGGACAUUAUCACAGAGGACACGGCGCUCGCUACCAUGUACCAGACGGAGUCCAAGUUCGUUUACAGCAGCCGCCACUACGUGCACGUGCACUCCGUCGCGCAGUGCGACUUCUACUGUCACGCCUACUAUUCCUGCAUGGGGUUCGUGGUGGUGGUCACCAAAAACGCUCGACUUUCCAAGCCCGAGCAGGUUUGGGACCCGCGGAGGUACUACGCGAGCCUGAAGGGGAAGGAGGCGCGGGACCUAAACUACACGACGAGGCUGUAUGACCGGAUGCGCCAGAUUGGAAAGAUCCACAACCCCGAGCAGCUACACGGCCAGCAGUUUGACCAGAAGUGGGUGGACAUCGCGGACGACAGCGCGAUGGCCCAGGAAAUUCUGGACCGAGACGAGGAGCUGGUCCGGAAACUUCUUCUGUACCCGCAGACGGCGACCGGCCUCCGCUGCUUUCUGAAGGCGGACACGUAUUCUACAGAAAAGUGCAUCUGCUUCUUUAGUAGCAGAAAAGAAGAUGAUUGCUCUUGCUGUUUUUUAUUUUUUGGCGUCACAAGAAAAAGCUGCUCUGUAGCGCUGAUCCGCUGCAAGAGAGGCAACUAUCUACCAUGCGAAAUGGAGGACGUGAAAAUUAUGCGGACCACUAGCAUGACAAAGUGAAAGUUCUCCCAGAAAAUUUGUCAUGCUGGACAGCCAGCAGCAAGUGCAAGACCAAGAGCAACGGGCUUUUUUCGGCAUAAAGGACUGCAUGGCAAAUGUUUCUUUUUCUUGCAUCGGCAACAUGUGCGCGACCUUUUCUGUAGGAUAAGACGCCAAAAGCGCUCGGCGCUUCGCGCAUGUGGGAUGUGCGGUUCGAUCUGCAGUCGAAAGAGUUCGCCCCCAAGAUCGUCGACUCGUGGCCACAGGAGGACCAAAGGCCAUGGACGCCCGAGCUCGGACGGAAACUGGGACCAAAGAUGUUCAAGAGAACAACAGGAGCGGCGGCCAGAGUGUCGACUAAUGGAAAGAAGCGCUAUCCAUUGCAACGAAGAAGCGUAGGACACCCAUACCAGACAAAUGCCGUACCGUUUUCUGUGCUGUAUCGCGGUCUUGUCCUACCAGACCACAUACACAAAUACCAGAAUAAAACUUGCAUUACUAAGUUGCUUGGUCUACAAACUUUGCAACGCGGAGACCACAAGGGGGGCAGUUUCCUUUCAUGCAGAAUGCAGUGUCCCACCUGGUUUAAGGAUUAGAGAGGUUGCGAACAAAUUUGCCAUGCUGAACAGCAAAGAAGACCAUGUCUGUGAUCAACGAAAAUCUACUUACGCAACACACGUUUAUACGGGUAUGUUUUUCUCGUAUGGCUAUCGGUGUGCUCCUAUUUCUUCAGGAUGAGCUGCAGAAGAAAGAAGCGCGGGAGGAGGACGGUGAGAUAGGUCGGUGGCAAGACCUGCAGAAAGAGGUAGAAGAAAAUUAUAAUGCGCGAAGAGCGGGAGCGGCGUCUGAUUCUGAAGCAUUAGAAAGGGAUCAUGCAGCAAUAAGCACGCCCGUGUUGACCACCCGCAGGCGCUACUACUUCUCCGGACUCAAAUUGGUCAACGUCGAGCCGUUCAAUUACGUGUACCUGCCGAUCUCCCAGGUUCAUACUACUUUCAUCACCAGCAAGGUGCACGCUUUCCUGCCGGGGAAACGCCUCGUCCUUUUCGAUCCAUGCUACCGUGCGCGGGCGCAGACUCCCUUCACUCCGAGUUACAUUGGGAACGUCACCGUUCCCGUUUACGAUAAGCGGGGAAAGGUAGUCAGCCAGGUGGUGCUGCAGGAGUGCUUCACCGUUUCUGCUCUGAGGCAGCGAGGCUCGCUGUGAGGAGAACAAUAGUUAGUCGCGAAUAAGUAACUCGUGUUUGAUGUAUAUCAAGGUCGCCAUGCAUCGGAAAUUGGCUGCGAGGGGCCUCGUUUAAGUAAGUUUAAGGUCGAUCGAACUCCUCCUAACUCAGUUUAAGGUCGAUCGAACCACAAGGAGGUCUGGGUGGGAUACGCAGAACUGUACCGACUGUAGGACAGUACCAAUGCCCAAGGCUCUUCGCGUCGAUGUCUCUUGGACCGAGCUGACGCCUCGUCCGUUAGUAUCAGUUCUAAGGACGAGCGCGCGCUGCCUCUUGCUCAACAACACGUGAAAUUUACCAUUGUGGCGUAGAAUGAUGUUUUCCUUCAUACACUGUGAUAAAUUCCCAUUAGUUUAUUUUUCACUGCUGUAGUUGCUCUCGUCGAUUGUUCUUCUUCUUCGAUACUUGUUGCCACGUAGGACCGAUUAAUCUCUUUCUUCUGUCCUCCCUUUGUUCUUUGGACAAAUGCAUCUAAGUCAGGAAAUGACGAUGUGAAUGUACCUUCCAGAUCAAGAACUAGGUUUCCGGCUCGCGUUACACGAUGGAUAGAGAGAUGGCCUGAU